AUGGAAGAUGUCUUUGAAAUGACUGAUAUUGGUAUGAUGUCAUUCUUUCUUGGUAUGGAGAUACAACAGAAGCAAAAUGAAGUGUUUAUAUGCCAGCAAAAGUAUGCAAAGGAGGUCUUGAAAAAAUUUAACAUGGAAGGAUGCAAAUCAACUGCGACUCCAAUGAAUCAAAAGGAGAAGUUUUGCAAAGAAGAUGGAGCUGAAAAAGUUGAUGAAGAGCUGUAUAGAAGCUUAAUAGGUUGUUUAAUGUAUUUGACUGCAACCAGGCCAGAUAUCAAGCAGGUAGUGAGUUUGUUGUCAAGAUACAUGCACUGUGCUUGUGAAAUUCAUUUUCAAGCAGCAAAAAGGAUUUUGAGAUACGUUAAAGGUACUGUUGAUUAUGGAAUAAGGUUCAGUCAAGUUAACAACUUCAAUUUUCCUGCUUUUUCUGAUAGUGAUUGGGCUGGAUGUGCUGAUGAUAUGAGGAGCACCUCAAGUUACUAUUUUACUUUUGGGUCUGGAAUCUUUUCAUGGUGUUCAAAGAAGCAGGAUGUCAUAGCUCAAUCCACUGCAGAAGCAGAAUAUGUAGCUGCCGCUGCUGCUGUGAAUCAAGCACUUUGGAUAAGAAAAUUCAUGACUGAUCUACACAUGAAACAGGAAGAUUGCACUUAG